AGAGCGACAAGGAGAUUAGGGUUUAGAUGGAGGGCAGAGCCUGCUUGAAAUUCCCCUUUGCCACUAUUGUCAGUGGACUGACUCGUCGCAAGCGCUGGAGUGGAGUUGCUACGCACUGCAGCAGGACGGCAAUCUCCCUGACUGACCACCAUGCCUGCCCCGAUGAUGGCCAAGAAGGCGCCCGGUGUCGCCGCCAAGGGCAAGAAGAAGGCCCAGACCUUCACCAUCGACUGCGGCAAGCCCGUCGAGGACAAGAUCAUGGAUAUUGCCUCCUUCGAGAAGUUUCUCAACGACCGCAUCAAGGUGGACGGUAAGGCCGGAGUGCUCGGCAACGCCAUCUCCAUCUCUCGCGAGAAGAACAAGAUUAGCGUCACUUCUGAGAGCUCUUUCUCCAAGAGAUACUUAAAGUACUUAACAAAGAAGCACCUGAAGAAGCAUAACGUGAGAGAUUGGCUUCGCGUGAUAGCGUCCAACAAGGACAGAAAUGUGUAUGAAUUGCGGUACUUCAACAUCGCGGACCAGGAUGCCGAGGAGGAGGAGUGAGGCCCAAUUUUUCGAGUCCUUCGAUAUCAAGAGUGCGACACUGAGUUUCUGUGGCCAUUUCUUUUACGUUAUCCACAAGGAUCCUUGACUUCGAGUUUAUUUUUUCAGCUGUGCGGAAUUCAGCUAAAAUGAAGGAUUAUAUACUUGAAAAUGGAUUUAACCGUUGUUUGCAAAAAUAUUUCACUUCACGAUGAUUCUUAAAAUACAUACUGUAUGAACCUAUUUGAUUACAACGAUUAGCUGUACCUCAACAGUUGAGUUUUUUUCUCUGGGUAAUAUGUCCUUCGAACAAAUGUUGUGCACCAUUUUCUGUCUGAAGUGUCACUCUGUUGGUUAAAUCUGGUUCCUUUUAGUAAGCUCAGUUGUGUAUCACAGUUCGCCCUCACACACAAUCCUCGCGACUGGGUGCAGUGUCGGGUGCUUGUAAUUGCAGUAUUGCACAAGUGAAAUGUAAAGGAUAUAAUACCAUCUACUUAUUGUGUU